CAUAUUCAUGAGGUGAUGUCAGAGGGGAGAGCCCAGCGCGCCGCGGCCGCCCGGCACCGCCAUUUCCUGGCCGAGGAGGCGGCGGCGGCGGAGGGACGGGCCCGGCCCAGGAGGCGCCGAGCGGCUGCGCGCCGGCAGGGGGAGACCGCCCGGCACCGGCACCCGCAGCCGCUCCGCUCCGCUGCUCGCCGCCGGAAAGAAGUUGGAGAUUCCCCGCAGCCUCCCGGGGCAGCCCGGCGGAGCCGAGGAGCCGGGGGACGAUGGUGGUGCGGGAGCGAUGGAGCUGAAGCGGGGCAUGGCUCUGCCGCGCCUCCUCUUGCUGGGACUCUGGGCUGCGGCGCUCCGGGACGGCGCCGCCGCCGCGGCAGUAUUUUUCUUUUAGGUAUGAAAUUUACAGGAUCUCCAAUCAAAUUAAAGGUGUCCCAGGGUCAACCCGUCAAACUAAAUUGCAGCCUCGAGGGAAUGGAAGAUCCCGAGAUGUUGUGGAUCAAGGACGGAGCAGUGGUGCAAAGCGUAGACCAGGUGUACAUUCCAGUAGAUGAAGAGCACUGGAUCGGCUUCCUCAGCUUGAAAUCCGUCGAGCGGACAGAUUCUGGGAAGUACUGGUGCCAGGUUGAGAACGGGGGGAAGAAGGAAGAAUCACAGCAAGUGUGGCUCAUAGUGGAAGGUGUACCCUACUUUACUGUGGAACCUGAGGAUGUAUCCGUGUCCCCUAAUGCCCCAUUUCAUAUGGCCUGUGCUGCUGUUGGUCCCCCUGAACCAGUGACAAUUGUCUGGUGGAUGGGAGACUCUAGAGUGGGGCUUCCAGACAUCUCCCCCUCCAUCCUAAAUGUGUCAGGUAUUAAUCAAAGCACAGUGUUCUCCUGCGAAGCUCACAACGUAAAGGGAUUGUCUUCAUCUCGGACAGCCACUGUUCAAAUUAAAGCCAUGCCUCUCCCGCCUCUCAAUGUGACUGUGAGCCAAGUCACCAGCAGCAACGCCAGCGUGGUCUGGGUGCCGGGGUUUGAUGGCCGUGCUCCUCUCCACUCUUGCACUCUUCAGGUAGCUGAGUCACCAGAUGGCCAGGAGGUUUCCACUGAAGUUGCCCCCGUGCCUCCCUUUGCCUAUGGUGUGCAAGGUCUGAAGCACUCCACCAACUACAGCGUUCGCGUGCAGUGCAGCAAUGAGAUGGGCAGCUCUCCUUUCACAGACAGGGUUUACUUCCAGACCCUGGAGCUUGCUCCAAGCAGCACCCCACAAAAUAUACAUGUUAUCCAAAGAGAUCCUGGUUUGGUUUUGGAGUGGGAAGGUGUGGCUCCAGAUGUGCUAAAAGAAAAUGUCCUGGGAUACAGGCUGGAGUGGAUUCAGGAUAACAUCACUCAGGGGGAGAUGAUCGUGCAGGACACAAAAGCGAACCUCACAACGUGGAACCCUCUCAAAGACCUGAUCAUCAGGGUGUGUGUGCUGAACUCUGCCGGCUGCGGGCCAUGGAGUGACUUCUUCCUGCUCGAAGCCCAGGAGGUCAUGGGUGGCCAGAGACAACCUCCUUAUGGGACAUCCUGGGUUCCUGUGGCAUUGGGCAUUCUCACAGCUCUGGUCACAGCUGUUGCCCUGGCUCUUAUUCUGCUUCGGAAAAGAAGGAAGGAAACACGGUUUGGCCAUGCCUUUGGCAGUGUGGUUGGCCGAGGGGAUCCAGCAGUCCAUUUCAGAGCUGCCAGGUCUUUCAACAGGGAGGGCCCAGAGCUCAUUGAAGCAACGUUGGAGAGUGUGGGGAUCAGUGAUGAGCUGAAGACAAAACUCAAAGAUGUCCUAAUCCAGGAACAGCAGUUCACCUUGGGAAGGAUGUUAGGCAAGGGGGAAUUUGGGUCAGUUCGAGAGGCACUACUGAAGCUAGAUGAUGGCUCUUUCCAGAAAGUGGCAGUGAAGAUGCUAAAAGCGGACAUCUUCACCUCGACUGACAUCGAGGAGUUCCUGCGAGAGGCUGCGUGCAUGAAGGAGUUUGACCACCCGCAUGUCACCAAGCUGAUCGGAGUCAGUCUACGGAGCCGUCCCAAGGGCCGUCUCCCAAUUCCCAUGGUGAUCCUGCCCUUCAUGAAGCAUGGAGACCUUCACGCUUUUCUGCUGAUGUCACGGAUUGGGGAAAACCCUUUUAACUUGCCUGUUCAGACGCUCCUCAAGUUCAUGAUUGACAUUGCCAGCGGGAUGGAGUACUUGAGCUCAAAAAAUUUCAUACACAGAGACCUUGCAGCUCGGAACUGCAUGUUGGAUGAGAACAUGAAUGUGAGUGUUGCAGACUUCGGGCUUUCUAAGAAAAUCUACAGUGGAGACUACUACCGUCAGGGCUGUGCUUCCAAGCUGCCAGUGAAGUGGCUUGCUCUGGAAAGUCUGGCAGAUAAUCUGUACACAACACACAGUGAUGUGUGGGCGUUCGGGGUGACCAUGUGGGAGAUUGUGACCCGAGGGCAAACCCCUUAUGCUGGCAUCGAGAACGCAGAAAUCUACAACUACCUCAUCAGCGGGAACAGGCUGAAGCAGCCGCCGGAGUGCCUGGAAGAUGUCUACGAUCUCAUGUGCAGAUGUUGGCAUCCCGAGCCCAAGCUACGCCCGAGCUUCGCAAUGCUCCGGUACCAGCUGGAAAUGAUUCGGGGGAGGAUGUCCACGCUCUCUGCCAGUCAGGACCCUCUUUAUGUCAACAUUGGGAAGGACAAAGAGGCGUCCGGCAGUGACCCUGCCCUGCACGCCUCCUUUGCAAACACGGACGGUGAUGAGACUGUUGCUGGGGCAGCUGCUGCUGUCACGAGUGACUAUCGCUACAUCAUGAGCCCCUUGUGCCUUGGAGAUGAUGCCGAGGCUGCAAGGCAUCCAGAUGGGCAGGAAGGGGAGGACAAAAGCCUUCUGUAUGAGCUGGAGACAGAAGGAGAGAAAAGUUGUUAGUCUGUACAUAGCAGUGACACUCUGCUUCCCUGGGACGGGAUGUGUGCAGCCACGGUGCCGCGUCGCUUGGGGCUCCGAUGCCGGAUCUGGAAUGGCUUUGAACAACGCCGGACGGAGCUCGUGGGCAGCUGUGGCAGCUUUCACCAGCUGUGUGGGCUGCAGCUGUGGACAGCUUGGACGGACCACAACCCUGACACCCCCUUGGAUUUGGGGAGGGGGGGCGGUAGGGUGGGGAGUUGAUCACCUCCCGCUGAAAGAAGGUCAAAGCCGAGGUGGGCAGUCAGUCUGUGCUCUGGUCCUUCUCACUGACAGCUGGAGCAGAGCUGAAUGCACCCUCUGUGUUCAGUCAGCGCUCGCUCUCGUGUAGAUGUUGUCUUCGGUACUGGCUGCAUGACUUGGGACUGGUACCUCUGAAAACACUAGUGGGUAUUUACGUUGUCAUUCAGGACACCAGGGAAAAUUCCCCUGGUGUUCACCCGGCAGUGCUGCCUAGACGUGUUGCCUACCUCAGUGGUUCUCAAUCUGCAGAUCUCCUUUCACCCAGCAUUGAGUUUGAACAUCUGGUACACUUCAUGCGGUGACACUUGCUGCUCCUUCAGCCCAGGGCUCUUAGGAGAUUCAGAUGUUUCAAUAAGUGGUGAAAUUAGGAAGAAAAAAAAAAAAAAAGAAAAUCCAGCAUCCGUCUUCACCCCACACACCUCUUUUGUAUUUUUUCUUCUGUUUGGCAUCAGCUCAGGUCUGACCAGACUUGCAGCUGCCAUUCAAAUGGGAAGGAGGGAGAGCAGCUGGCGCGGGUGAGGGCAGGAUCUACCUUCAAAGGGAUUGAGAGGAAACCGUAGAGAGGACUUGCCAGCAGUAAGGGGAAGCAGUGCCAAUUAAUGCUAAGCUCUGUCCUCCAGGAGAGGAAGGAGACUGCUUAGCUGCAGAGUGGCAGCCUUGCAUCACUUUCACCAGGAGCAGGGUUCAGUAUUUGAUUUAGAAUGGGUUUUCUUUAAUCUUUCUCUUUAACCAUUCAGUGACUUUUUCCAAUAACCCAGUGCUGUAGCUGCUGUGGUGAAGGUGUGAAAUCAAUCCGGGGAAGGUGUGCGUGUGUGUUGGGGGGAAGAACAGGGAGAUCUCAUUCUAAAGAGAGAGAGUCAUCAUCGCAAAAAAGCUUGAGAACCACUGGCCAUUCUGUUUAGGAGGUCUUUUGGCACGCUGUAAAAGCCACAUCAGAUCAUAGACCUGUAUCACUGCAGCCUUCCAGACAGGGCAAAAUUAAUGGUUUUGCUCUUUGGAUUUUGUUUUGUUUUUCAAUCAGCAUGUCUGACUCACUGUAACUGCAAGCGCUUCUGUGGUUUUUAAUAAUUUAAUAUUUUAAUGUAAAAUCAGCAUUUGCUUUGUGCAGUGGUUCCCAGCAAGGAAGUGCAGUUACAUCUUACUCUAAUUAUCCUAAAUAUUUGCUAGAUCUUGAUUUCUUUUAUUUCCAAUGCGCUGAAAACUCGGCAGAACCACAAGACUUAGGAUUCCUCAUUGCUCUUCCUUGGAAACAAAUACCACCGCUGUCAUCACUUGCCAAGUUGGCCAAGGUGGGACCAAUGAGUCGAGUUAGACUGCAAGGCUCAGUAUCGGGACACCCCGUUGUUCAAUGCCAAGUUCUCAGUUAUUGCAAGCUUAGGGGCUCGCUACAAAGUUUGGGUCCAGUUUGAUCCCUUGUGGAGAGCCCUUUGUAAGGGAGGGAAAUUGUAAGGGAGGGAAAUUCCAGGCUGGGGCUUGGGCAUGGGUCCUUUCUGUGAGGUUUCCUACCACAAUGCAGCCUACAGCUGUCUCCAGAAGCUCCGUACGGUUCCUCGGUCACAGAUAGGAACUGCACAACCUUACAGCCCAGGCACUACGGGGGUUUCUCUUCGUAAACGCAGGUGAGAAGAUAACACCUAACAAAGGGUAACAGACGUGUGCAGUGCACACGGUGGCAGAGGGCAGAAGGCUAUGCUCCCUGCAGCUGCCUGGGAAGCGCAGAUGUACAUAUAGAUUCUAACUUUGGGAAGCAUGUCAUUAGUUUUUAUGCAUUUUUUUAAUAAUAAAAUACGUACUGUGUCCGCGU